AUGGCUUCAACAUCUAACAGCUUACAAAGAUCAGGAACUGUUCCGUCUGAUGUCGUCAACCUAUAUAAUAGUAAGAAGUUGGUCCAAAAAUCCAAGCACUAUAAUGCGCCUGAAAAUAGAAAACAAAAAAAGAUAGAAUCAUUUUUCAGUAGAUCUAACGAUACACGCACAAGUAGAUUCAACUCUAAUCGCACCAACAAUGAAACGAAUCCAUCUCAAUCAGCCGAUAAUAUUGACAUUGAAUCAACAGAACUAAAUGAGGUUCUAUCGCAAGCAAAUGUACUUUCAACCGAAUUUAACUCACUGCUACAAAAUGAUGAGAUAAAUUACAUGGAUAUGUUCAAAAUGAUGGGCAAAAUGAAUAAGAUUAUGCUAGAUUUAGUACUUCAACUCAAAAGUGCCAUGGAUCAUAAAAAUAAGGUAAUAAUUGGCUCAUUUACAAACAAACUUAAAGAUUGCACAUCCUUCAUCAGCAACGAAAUAAAUUAUGUCAAGAAGGAGAUUGAAAAAGUCAAAAAGAACGAUGAAGUUGAAUGCCUAAAAACUACUCAAGCAUGUUCCCGUGAUUUACGAAGAAUUUGGAUAAGAUUUAUAUAUGAGAAUGACGCAGAGGAAGCACGUAACCAGAACAGUCAUGCAGCUAUCAAAAAAAUUCUAACGCACCUAAGCAUUUCAUUGAAUACGUCACAAUACCCGCUUGAAUCUUUUUACUUCCAAUCGCGCAAGUUCUCUGCUGAUCAGCUCAUCCCUGAAAUAUCUUUAUGUUGUAUAUUUGUGAACUCAACAUUGGCCACAAUUGUAAAAAAUGGAAUUAUAAAAUUCAACAAGAUGCUUGAAGAGAAUAAACAGCAGCAUCUAAUAAGGUAUAAAGUCAGCAAUGAUUGGUCUUAUAAUAUUCGACAAAUCUUGAAGCCAUGCAAUGAGAUGCGUAGAUUUGAAAUAAUUGAUCGAGUUUUUAUCACAAAUGACGGAAUUAAAGUAUAUCACAGAGAAAUAGACAGUUAUAAUCAGCCGGAUAAAAAAACAUCAAUGACUCUGGUUAAUUCAAUAAGGAAACUUGACAUGUUGCGUAAAAAACUGAAUGAUUUCAAUUGUACGGUUACAGCAAGUGAAACAUACAACGGUGAUUAUUUUAAAAUGAGUUUCAAUGAUAGACAAUUGAUACGUACCAAAUAUAAAGAAGCUCCAGUAAAUUUCGAUGAGGAGGAAGUUAUGCCGUCAGAUGAUGAAUUUAUGGAUGCAUCGGUAGUAGAAAUUAACCAAUGA